AUGUUCUCACUGUUUCUGCUAAAGUUGUCCUUGAGUGAUGUCCAUUAUUUUAUAAUAUAUCGUAAAAUCUCAAGACAUGAAAAUCUGGUUAUUCCUCCGGCAACUCGGUCACAAUUCCUGUGUGGCUGGCAACAAGAAUUUCCCAACUUUUGCUGGACUUUUGCCUCCAAAAUCCAUCAACUUCAAAAUAAUUUCAAUUUCCUUUCUUUAUCAUCUCAUCAUCGUUAUCUCUCAUUUACCCCAAACUCAAUUAUCAAAGCUUCGCCUCCAUAUGUUCAACCAUAUCUACGUCUUAUACGAUUUGACAAACCCAUAGGAACAUGGCUUCUCUACUGGCCCUGUAGUUGGAGUAUUGCAAUGGCUGCUUCUCCUGGAUAUUUUCCUGAUUUUAAGAUGCUCACUUUGUUUGGAGUUGGGGCUUUUGUCAUGCGAGGUGCUGGCUGUAUCAUCAAUGAUAUGUGGGAUGAGGAUUUUGAUAAAAAGGUGAAACGCACCAGGAAGAGACCAAUCGCUGCAGGGGAGAUAACUCAAUUUCAAGCGCUCGUCUUCCUUGGUUCUCAACUUUCCUUAGGCUUGUUUAUUCUUUUACAACUCAAUUGGUACAGCGUAUUCUUAGGUGCUUCAUCAAUGGCACUUGUUACAGCAUAUCCUCUUGCUAAACGAUAUACUUAUUGGCCUCAGGUUGUGCUUGGUUUAACCUUUAAUUAUGGUGCCCUCCUUGGAUGGUCAGCAGUUCAAGGGUCAUGUGACUGGUCAGUGGUGUUACCUCUCUAUGCAGGCUGUGUAGCGUGGACAUUGAUUUAUGACACCAUUUAUGCCCACCAAGAUAAAGAGGAUGACCGCUUGAUUGGAGUAAAAUCAACAGCCUUAAAAUUUGAAAAUCAUACAAAGCUAUGGCUUUCUGGUUUUACUGGGGCAAUGAUUACAAGCUUGGCCCUGUCUGGUUUGAUGAGUGACCAAACAUGGCCAUAUUAUUUUGCUCUGGCCCUUACUACAGCCCAUAUUUCUCAUCAGCUUCACAGUGUCAAUCUGGAUAAUCCUGAAGACUGUGGAGACAAAUUCCGAUCCAAUUUCCGUUUGGGUUCCAUUAUGUUUUUAGGAAUUGUUUUGAGUAAUUUCCUGAAAUCCCAAUCUUGA